AUGGUAUACGACAGCAGUGAGCGGGCCGUGCAGCUUCUCGCGGCACAGGCGAAGGCUCUUGAAAUGUUUGACGAGAUCGAACGAGACCUUAUUCGACCCGGAAUCAGCGAAAAAGCACUCAACGGCGAGAUUUACCAGCUUGGCGCGACACGGUACGGCAUUGAAACCCACUGGCACAAGCGACUUGUCAGGAGCGGACCCAAUGCGCUCCAGCCUUUCCAAGAGAACCCCCCUGACCGCGUCAUUGGCGAGGAUGAUAUCCUUGUGGUAGAUCUUGGCCCGGUCUUUGAAUCAUGGGAGGCUGAUUUCGGGAGAACCUAUGUUCUUGGAAACGACCCUCAUAAGAAGAAGAUCCGAGAUGCUCUUGAGCCUAUCUGGAACAAAGUGAGAGGCCAGUUCUUGGAAAAUCCCGACAUGACAGGCGAGGAGCUCUACGAUAUCGCUGUUCGGACUGCGGAGGAAGACGGGUGGUCAUUUGGCGCAGACCUGGCUGGUCACCUCGUUGGAUCCUUUCCCCAUGAGCGUAUUCCUCGCGACAAGACGACGCUCUACAUACUCAAGGGGAAUAAGGUACCCAUGAGCACCCUGGGCAAGGAUGGGAAGAAGAGGCAUUGGAUUUUGGAGAUCCAUUUGCGAGAUCACGAACGAGGACUGGCAGCAUUCUACGAGCAGCUCUUGACUGCCUGA